AUGAGGGUCACCAUAACUGAAUUGACAUUGGGCGAAUAUGAAUUUUCCGACCCGGGCUCUCGUACUGCACCCGAGAAAGUUGAAGAAACCAGCAUCGGCAAUUUGCGCAGACGUGUUUAUCACUACCAGCUAGCUUGCGACAGGUGCUUUCUGAAGGACGAAGGCAAGGAUGGCUCAGGGGCAUACUCUUACAAACACAAGAAUCACAAGUGUCGUGAAAACUUUCUCCUUGCUCGAAAGAAGAAUGCAGACGACGCUUUCAAGAAAGUCCGUCCGCGCCCGCAGCACGCUUUCGUUGGAACGUACAAACUUUGCCAUCAGUAUCAGUCGUCAAUGCCAUGCAGGCUUGGAGAGCAAAGAUGCACUUUUGCCCAUAAUGACAUCGAAAUGGAUCUCUGGACGAGAGAGCGACAAGGAAAUUUCAACUAUGUAGAGUUGAUGUUUCGGCUUUCAAAAACACACGCGUCCAAACCAGAUGCUACACAACAGCUACAAGAGAAACACGGGGGCAUCUUCCGGUUUCUGUGCAAAAAGUGCUUCCAAAGCAGCCCCGGGGUACUCAGGGACUCUGCGCUGUGCGACAAACACUCCCCGAAAGGACAACACCAAGACGGCAUUGAACUUCUUGUUCACGCCAGCGAAAUAAGCAAAGAGGAGACUCUCUAUACACCGAUAAUGCCAUUGCCACAGCUGACGGAAAAUCAGAUUCCACUGUUCUGUGCCUACGUCGACAAAUGCAGCAAACCAUGUGGACGGGCACACAGCCUAGUCGAGAUGGACGUGUGGAUGCUGGAGAGAAAGUACGGCAUUUCACAACGGCAGCUGGUUGACGCCUCUUUGACAACAACUGAACCCCGUAAAAUGACAAAAGAAGAGGAACCAAAACAACAAGUAAAAUGCCCGUACAAGCUGCACUUCGUCUGCCGACAGUGUUGGCUGUCCGAUCGAGGAGCUGUGAGCAAGUUAUCAACUAACAGCAAGACUUGCGAGCGAAACAAUCACCCAUGGAAUGAGGUAAACAGAAUGUGUCUGAGCACUGACACCGGGAGGGAAAUUCGCCAGCCGCCUAGCCACAUGCCGAAGUCGCCUUUUCGGAUGUGCCGGCAGGUUCAACAACACAAAGAGUGUCGUAUCGGCAAAACGUGCACAUAUCCUCACAGUCAAGAGGAAAUGGAGAUAUGGACAUUCCAGAAGGAAACGAAAAUCUUGGACCUUGAAGAGCUAGUGAAUCUUUCACAACAACAACAUGCCACACCAAGGCCAUCAGCAGCCACAACAUCGACGUCCCGUCAAACGUCAAGGCGCACUUCAGACUUCCCGCUACUUAGUCCACAGAUCAGUCAGUACUACUGUAACUUGUGUCACAAGACCUGUAGCGGCAGGGUGACGUUCGACCAACACUGUUCCUCCGAGGGACAUCAGGCCCGCCUCAGGUCAGACGCAAGCGACAACUGGCAGUACCGCCGUCCGCCGUGGAUUGGCCAAGAUGAGGAGUACAGACUAUGCCAAAGCCAUGCAGCCGGCGCCUGCCAGUACGAUGGAGUUGAAGACCGACACAACAUCUGUCCGGAAGCGCACAGCCAAGAAGAACUGGACGAGUGGAAGGAGAGACGGCAGCACAGAUUGCUCUACAUGGAAAUGGCACGAAAGCAGAACCUGUUCUCCUACAUGGACAAACUCAGGGAAGAGUAUGAGAAGACCACAGAUGGAACAUCAGUAAUUGCAGACUCACUGGAGGGAGUCCGUAUUGACUGUCCACCUGGCCAGAAUGAAAGAGUUAUGCUGAAAACAAAGGAAGCAGAGUGCACAUGGACUUUCACUGUGACAUCUAAGGACCCGUUAGAGCAUGUAGCAUUGCUUUUCAAUGAGCACAGAACGCACUUCUGUUUGCAUGGAGCAAAAGUAGAGGGAAAAUGUCAACUGGCGGAGGGUGAACAAUUUUCAAAUUCCUCUGACAACACCCAGUACAAUGUCGAAGUCAAGGGCACGUCUCAGAUGUUCGGGGUUUUUCACCAAUGGGUUGUUUUCGAUUUUGGAAAACGGCCAGUGGUUAGGAAGAACCUUGUGUUGUAUGUUGGUAGUGAAGGUGCCGAGCAUAUGAUAGUCACAGCCGACCAGCCUGACUUCGAACGCUGGCACAGUGGGAACAGAAGCAUUGUGAAGUUUGCUAAAGAACUCAACCUAGAAGACGACGCAUUGCUCGCGAAGUACAAAGAACCAAUGGAGGAGCCAGGGAUAAUUUUGGCAAGACUUUCUCAACGCAAGAAAGAGCUGGACGAAACUAUCUACAAGACGCAUAUGCGGGACCUUCUGUACCUGGAGGAGUUGACAAGAAACAGAGAGAUUGCCAGUAUUCGCACUGAGACAACUCUGGAGCUGUCCGAUCGUAUAGAGAGUGGAAUUUUCCUGUCUGCUGAGAAUGGAACACUGUAUGCGAAGCUAAAGCUACAGGAUAAACUGAGCGAAGAUAGCCCGGCCGGAAAACUCAUCCUCAACAACGUCAACACCGUUCUUCUGGCUCAACGAGGAAGCGCUACAAAUAAGGUCUACGAAGCCGACAUCGUUCGAUUAAAAGGUUUUGAAGGAUGGCGAAAGGAGGAAGUCUUUCUUCAACUGUCCAGAAGCUGCUGCGAAGACCUGGAUCUCAAAUCUGGCUCAACCGCCGAGUUUGAAGUCCGCUUCCAGUUGAACCGGUUGCCGUUCUGCAAGAUGCACUUCGCUGUGGACAACAUGGUGGCGCUUCAUGCCAUCGUCCCCAAAAGGACAGACAUGUCUUGGGUGAAGAUGGUGGAGUCAUUGCCAGCACAGAAAGUGCAGGACAAACAGCUAAGCGUGAAACAGAAGACCGCUGUCACUCGCAUCAUUAGCAGGAUAGGACACAAUGACCCACCUGUGGUGCUGUACGGUCCUUUCGGUACUGGCAAGACUAGAACGAUGGCUUCGGCUGCCAUUCAGCUUCUCCAGCAGCCAGGCACAAAUGUUCUCAUCGCGACACAAUCCAAUAGUGCGGCUGACUUGUACAUCAGAGACUACUUCCAUAAACACGUCACAUCUGGUCGUUCAGAGGCGACACCGUUACGUGUGUACGCCAAAGAGCGCCGCCUGGAGACCGUGGACGACAUCGUCAAGCAGUACUGCAAACUGGACCCCGGCAAGACGUCGUUCGCCAUGCCCGAGAUGGAAGACAUCAUGAAGCACCGUAUCGUCAUCGUCACCCUCACCACCUCCAUGUACCUGAUCCGGAUGGGCAUCAAGCGGGGACACUUCACUCACAUCCUGCUGGAUGAGGCAGCUCAGGCCAUGGAGUGUGAAACCAUCCUCCCGCUCUGUCUGGCCGAUUCCACCACGCGUAUCGUCCUCUCCGGGGACCACAAACAGAUGAGCCCGAAAGUAUACUCCACAGAAGCGUGCGACUUAUCGUUUGACAAGUCCUUGUUGGAGCGGAUGGUGCAAAGGUACAUCAGCCUUGGCAAAGGCACAGAGGAGAAAGCGAAAAAUCCAUUCCUCGUCAUGCUGACGGACAACUACCGUUGCUGCAAGGAGAUUGUCCAGUUCCUGUCGCAAAGUUUCUACGGUGGGCUGAAUUCCAAGAGCGUGGGCCAGCCUCGCCAUCCGCGGUGGUACCCGCUCACCUUCUUCAGCGCCGAGGGAGAAGACAAGACGGGAGACUACAGCACAUCGUACUUCAACAUGGCUGAGGUGUUGGAGAUCUUAGAGAGAGUAGAGCAGCUGGUGGAAGACUGGCCGGAGGAGUGGGGUGCUAGGAGCAUGAAAGACAUCGGAGUCAUCACACCAUACCACUAUCAGACGCAGAUUAUCAGAAAAGAGCUGCGCCAGAAAGGUUUGGGUGCUGUUACAGUGGAAAUGGUAAACAACAUCCAAGGUAAGCAGUUCAGGGCAAUCUUUAUCAGCACAGUCAGGACCAGAGCAACCUGUGACCCAAAGAACGACAGAAACAGCUACGGCUUCCUGUCAGACAGUAAGCUCCUGAACACCGCCAUGACCAGGGCACAGUCCCUUGUCGCCGUGGUAGGAGACCCACACGCGCUGUGUUCACGAGGAGCUUGCCAAAGAGUCUGGCAAAACUUCAUCUCCGAAUGUGAGAAGAACGAAAGUCUUUUCCCAAAGACCCUCACAAUGAGCCAAAUCUAUGAAAGAAGUGAGAGCACACCACUCAACCCAGAAGCACAGCCCUUCAUUCCAAGAGCUCCUACAACUUCCAGCAUACAGAUUCAUGGAGUCUCUCCACCGUGGUCUACACUAGGAUCACUUGCCAAGCAGCCUACGAAAAUAGAUGAGUCAGACGAAAUCAUCAAACAGCUCAUUCUUGAAACUCUUGAAGACGAGAACGAACAAGAAGCAAGGCAUUUCCAAGCACAGGAGUUCGACCCCGACAAUGUCAGCGUGGUGCCACGUCAAAACGACCCAUCGCAAGUAUAUCUACACUACAGUGUAAGACGCCCAGCCCCACCAAGACCGGAGAAACGUCCCCGUCUGUCAGCAGACGACGCCGAAAGGGAGUACGACUCCGGUGAGGAUGAGCCGUUUGACCCCACACAGGAUGAGGUUCAAGAGGAGAGCGACAAACAAUGCUUCUAUACCAACUACUCACCAGACGAACUGGAAAACCUUCUCCGAACUGAACCAGAAAGGUACAGAAGAUGCAGGCUGGUCGUGACGGGGACUCGCACAGCAUACGGUCAAGUCAUUGGUACAGACGAAGACGACAUUGUAAUUACCGGAAGAAGAAACCGAGGAUUGGGCUGGGCAAACGACGAAGUGAUGGUAGAAAUUCUCGAGCAUACUGACCAAGAGACCGAAGUAUUCAUGACUCCAACAGACACCAAAAGAGGAAAAGUAGUUGGAGUCAUUAGAUCAGCUGUUAACCUGCACCUGAGGAAGUUUGUAUGUUUUGUUGACGACAACAACCCUAACGUAAUGGUCCCCAUAAACACAGAUGCACCAAAGUUGAUGACCUACUUUGGCAAAGAGAACAGACGCCAAAAUAGUGUUCGUGUGUACAGCUACAUGCCAGACGCUUCCAUCAGGUUCAAGAAGUAUGAAACCAUUGACCCCACGGAUCCUUACAAGAAGUUGUUUGUCGUUAGAUUCUUGAAGUGGACGCCGAGGUACGUCUACCCUCUGGGCGUUGUUACGGAUGUCAUCACCCCAGAUAACACGCUAGAUACAAACAUGGCCAUACUCAACAACAGGUUCAAUGUCCCCAGCAAGUACAGGGGGAAGGUCGCGGAAGACGUAAACAGACGAUACUUCGUCGAUUGGGAGAUCCCAGCAGCGGAAAGGAAAAGAAAGGACUUGUCCAAAACGCACACGGUGUUUACCGUCAACCAACCAGAAGCUAUGGAUUUGAGCCACGCCUUCAGUGUAGAAAAGAACCACGAUGGAACCUACACUAUAGGAAUACACGUCGCUGAUGUCAGUUACUUCGUCCCAACUGGGACUGAUUUAGACAAAGAGGCUAAGGAGAGAUCAACUACUCUCUAUCCCAAGACUGGGAAACCACCAGUCUACAUGAUCCCGAAAAGACUGAGUGAAGGGGUCUGUAGUCUGCUACCCAACAAGGACCGCCUGACACUUUCCCUCUUUGUGACUUUCAACAGUCGCCGCAGGGAAGUUGUCGAGAAACCAAAAUUAGAGAGAUGCGUCGUCCAGUCUCGAGCAAAGCUGACCUAUGAACAAGCAGAAGACAUAAUCGAUGGGCGAGGUUCAUCGUCAGUACUGCGGGAAGUACAAGAGAGUGUCCGCACAUUGCACAAAGUAGCAGCGACCAGUCGGGAAAAGAGGCUUGGUCCAUCUCAUCUCUACAACCGACCAGAUGAGGUCAAAGACGGAGCUGUAAAAGCUCACAAAAUGGUGGAAGAAAUGGUGGUGCUAGCAAACACCCAAGUGGCCCAGAUCUUGGUACAGAGGUAUCCUAGAACAACUCCUGUACGCGUCCAGCAGCCUCCAAAGAAGGAGAAGCUUGAGAACUGGAGAAAAGAUUAUCCUGGCCUCUCCGGCUAUUCAGAAGAGUUUUCCCAAGUGUUGCCGACCUUGGGUCCACCACCCGAAAACAUCCCCUUAAUUAAGGAGGUUUGGGAUGAGAUCAGCAGCGCUGCUUUUCACGGCAACCUUGACAAGAUACAGCAACUGGUGGGCACAGAUGACCAUCACCCGAGCUUGGCCCGAGCACUGAAGCAACUACGUAGCAUCCAAGACAGAGCUAUGUUCAAGUGUUCUACUCAGGGUGAAACUGAGCAGCAAGCAUACACCUUCUUCACGUCCCCAAUUCGCAGGUACAUCGACGUCGUAGUUCAUCGCCUUGUAGUGGCUUCCAUAAGACGCAAACCGUCGCCAUACACUUCGGAUGAAAUAAAAGAGAUAUGCAGUCACUACAACAUCAUGGAACACGACGCAAAGACGUACGAAAGGGAAACGUUGGUUUUGAAGCUUGCGCACCAUUGCAUGAUCAAGCCAGAAGUCGUCUACCCUGUUAUUGAUACCAUUAACAGACAGGAGAUGCAGCUCCUCGUGCCGUCGGUACGCCACACAGGGUCUCUUCACUGGGGUGUAUCAUUCAACCUUCUAAAGCCAGCAGCUCUACCUAGCCUUGAAGACGAAGAAGAGUCAGUCGAGGUGAGAUGGAGCCAGCGGAUUUAUGACACCGCACCAAACAGGACACUACUGCCUCCGCAUUCGAUGCGUCACAAUCCUCUGCAACUCGACAGUGAGAUGUAUGUAGUAAUGAUACCAGGUCAAGAUUGGCAGAGGCUAGGGCAACAUGUACUGGCGGAAAAUGUGGAGCUCAUACAAAAAGUCGUUAGGGAUAUCGAGGACGUCGUUGGUAUGAAGUCGAGGCAGCAGUUGGAAGCAUCAUCUGAAUCAAGGGAAGGUCAGUUCGUACACGCCCGUAUCCUCCAGAGGGCGUACAAACCAGGCCAAGUCAUCAAGAUACAACUGAUUGGAGACACGAGGAAGGGCUAUUUGUCGCCAUGUAUCCAGUUGUUCAACCUGACCUCAAAGCUGGACGUAUGCCUCGAUCACAGAAGAAACGCAGUGACCAGGUUUGCUGUACCCGCCACACGGACUGUAGCCAACAUGCUGAGUUACAACUCUAUAGAAGCGUACCAGGAUCAGUGGUUGCCCAUCAUGGCGGUGGAAGCGGCUCACUGUGCUGUGGAAAACAACGAGUCAGUCACUGUCCAUGGCGCAUUCAUUAGUUGGACGAAACAACAAACACAUGAGGGCACAGACUACUAUGGUAAAAUCAGUCUCGAGCAAGAGUUUUGCAGAGAACGCCAUAUCCGCUUUACCCAAGGCGAAACUUCGGCCGAUGGCGAUGCUGACAGUGGGAAAUACUUUGACUACAUCUGCGUGCGCUAUACUGGCGUAAGAGCGACGAUGACUGAGGACGGCCGGUUUGACAUCGCUACUGACACGACAGAUGAGGAAUCCCCCCUCGUCUGUUGGGUGGGCCACUGCCUGGUGAUGCCCAGAGGGAAGGGCAGUAAACGUGAGGACACAGUCCCUAUCAAGCUUCACCAGCACCUCAUGGCGUUCCCUGACGCUCUCCUGCACCACGGCUCGACUAUUCCCGCAACCAUAGAGAUCAUCACCAAGACUCUACCUGACAUACGCAUGGAGGACGCGGUAAGAUGGCUGAGUAGUUCGUCAGAAUUAGUCCAACAAAUUGCCAUGGGGAAACCCAUUACCGCUAAAGACAAUAAGCGGGCAAGAGAAGUUCCCAUUAAGUCGCUGCCAACCUUCCUUCCGCUGAACGAGGUCCAGGAGCAGGCUGUAAAGGAGGCUAUUCGACAACCGUUCACUCUCAUCCAGGGUCCACCCGGUACCGGGAAGACCGUGACAGGUGUGCACAUAGCGUACUACCUGGUACAGAUGAACAAACUGGCUGAGGAGUCCGACAUCGGAGAAGAGACGUGUCAUCUUCAGGUCCUGUACUGUGGACCAUCCAACAAGGCAGUAGACGUGGUCACUGGAUACAUGAAAAGGAUAGGAGAGCUGAAGAUUGUUCGUGUGUACAGCGAGUUGAUAGAGAAAGAAGAGUUCCCCAUGCCAGAUGAUCCGGUCCAUCCACACAGAUGUAAAAGCGAAAAAGAGUCGAAGAUAACAAAAGAACACGACGAUGUUUCGCUGCACCACCUCAUCCGCAAACCUAGCAAUCCCUACGGCAUGGAAAUCAGAGAGUAUGACAGUCGCUUCAGAGACCCCAACUACCGCAUGACAGAUGCAGACAUCAUGAACUACAGAGACCUGAUUAGCAAAGCCAAGGUUCAUGAGCUGAAACAGAAGCAUGUGAUCCUGUGCACCUGCACGGCUGCGGCCAGUCCACUGAUGGGCAAGGCGACUAACAUCGAGCAGUGCAUCAUUGAUGAGUGCGGUAUGUGCACAGAACCGGAGAGUUUCGUCCCAAUGGUCGGGGUUCCCGGGUCCGACAACCCCAAACAAGUCAUUCUUAUAGGUGAUCACCAGCAGCUGAGGCCUAUUGUUCUGGAGAAGACGUCACAGCAACUUGGACUCGAUAUAUCACUGUUCCAACGGUAUGCCUGGCGAGCAACCAUGUUGACAACACAAUAUCGCAUGCACGAAGCCAUCUGCAGCUUUCCGUCCCGAAUGUUCUACGCGAACAAACUUAAUACCGACCCAUCCGUUACAACGAGAUCAGCGCAUGCAGUGGACAGGCUGUGGCCAGGAGGACAAAACAGGCCCUUGGCCUUCUGCCAUGUGGUCGGGAGGGAAGAGGUCCAGACAACUAGAACGCCAGAGGGUAGCCAGAUGUCAAGGAGCAAUGCAAAGGAGGCGGACAUGGCGGUGAAGAUGGCAAUCUGCUUGGUGAUGGAGCACAAUAUCAGACCUGAAGACGUUAUGCUGUUGUCCCAGUACCGGGCCCAACAUUCACUAAUCAAGGAAAAGCUGUCAGAGCACAAGAAGAAGCUAGGCGACGGGAGGUUGGAACAGAUUGGAGUCAACACAGUGGUUAACAGUCAAGGGAGCGAGUGGGACUACGUCAUCUUUUCCACAGUAAGGUCUCUUUCGUUGUACGAGAUUGAACAGAACCCUUCCCCCAGCUGGCUCCGGAAGUACCUGGGUUUCAUCACAGACCAGAACCAGGUGAACGUCGCCAUCACUCGAGCCAGGAGAGGACUGUGUAUUAUCGGUAACAAGAACCUGCUGAGAGUCCAUGCUGUAUGGAACAAGCUGAUUGAAGAGUACGAAGAACAGAAGUGCCUUGUGGAAAACAAAAACUUCUUGACUCGUGCCCCAUCUCUUCAGACUACAGGAACAUUGCAGUGAGAAAUGUUGCUAACAUAAUGCCUAAACUGAAAUUAUUGUAAGUGGCCUUAAAGUUACUAUCAUUAUUUUGUCAAAAUAGGCAGUGAAACAAUUCUCUAUUUCAGAAUGUUUACUCAAUCUUCAGUCAAUUGCUGCAUUAAAAAAUAGGAGAAAUUAUCAUCAAAGUUCUGACAGAUUUUACUGCUAGUUGGUAGCAAAUGCGCACAGAAAUGAUUAAGCUAGGAACAAAAGUGUUAACUUUAUCCUGAUGAUGUCUUUCGAAUGCAGGUCCUUGGUACAAAACGUAUGUCUGCUUAUCGUCCUAAAUGACUUUCCAAGCAUAAAGCAUUUUCGUUGCAUUGUAAUUUUUUAUGGCAACCAACUUCUCAUCUUCACUAAUCAUGGAGACAUCUAGCCAGGAGCAGUUAUACUAAUCAAUUAAUAUAUACCUCAGCUUCUAUUAUUUGGUGCAAACUACUUGUAGUUGGUGCAAACAAAAUGUAAAUAAAUGCAUUUGUAUACAUUGUACAUGUAGCUUGGUUCCUCAGACAGUUAAUAUUCUGUUCAGUGCCAUCUGCCCAUGUCAAUCUGCCCAGGACGAUUUUCCAUUCUUAAAUGCAGCUAUUUUCAUCCUAACAAAGAUAUCCCUGUACAAGGGAACCAGACGUAGUCAGAUAUGACAGAAUAACGGUAUUUUGUGCUAUGAAAUAGUGGACACAUGCAAGCCUUAGGGUAUUUUUUAAAUUGUUGACUAG